CCAAAAGGCACAAAUUUUUUUCCCCUAUAUUAGAUUGUUAUUUGUUAAUGAUCAAUUUGUAUUUUUUCUCUCCUCCUUAAUCAUCAAAUUAACUUGCCUCUAUGAAGAUGGUUAUGAUGGAAGACAAUUCAAGUUCAAAAUAUGUGGUGGUUUUUGAUGGAUUAAGCAUUGAAACAAUCAUCACUCACAAAGCCAACAUAGUUGAGGAGUGGAUUCAACAAAUUUCAUCAAAAGAAGACAUGAUUAUUGGAUUGGAUACCGAGUGGACCAAAGACAAAAACAAGAAGACAAAGGUGGCAAUUUUGCAAUUAUGUGUUGAGGAUAAGUGUUUAAUCUUUCAAUUUUUCUUCAACAAUAUUGUUCCUCAAUGUCUUAGGAGCUUUCUUAUGGAUCCUAACUUCAAAUUUGUUGGGGUUGGAAUUGAGAAUGAUAUCAAGAGACUCAAGAGUGAUUAUGGGUUGGAGUGCAAAAAUGGCAUAGAUUUGGCUACUUUUGCAGGAGAAAAAUGUGAUCAAAAUUAUUCAUCUAGAGGGUUGAAAUUUUUGGCCAAAGAACUUGUGGGGCUUGAUAUGAAGAAGUCAAAGGAUAUUUGCACUAGUGAAUGGAAGUCAAAGGAGUUGACCAAAGAUCAAAUUGAAUAUGCAUGCAUUGAUGCCUAUGCUUCUUACAAAAUUGGCCACUAUCUCCUUCUUCAAAAGGAAGAGGUUUACCCUAAACCUAUCUAAAUGAUGUUUCUUAUGUAUGUAAUUUGUUUUUUUUUUUUUAAGGAUUAUAGGUUUAUUAUUUUUUUUCCCCAAAAUUAGGAGUGGGAUUCGAACCCGAAACCUCUAGGUGAAUAUGUGAAGAUUUUGUCAUUUGAAUUAUAAUUCGUUGGCAAGGAUGAUAGGUUUAUUAAGAAUAUGUUUUCUUUGCUAUUCUUUUUAACUCAUUGAUCUUAUAUUUGUUUUUGUUUA